AUGGCUCCGAUCCCUCCAUCCUCCUCCCUUCCCGGGAUAUCUCGCCACCUCAACGACAUCCGCACAUACCAGCUCCCUCGCCUCUCUUCGCCUUCAGGCGCGCCAUUACCGACACAACUGUUCGACGAACUAGUAGAAGAGCUACGAGUGGACCUGGAGGGGGUCAGGAGAGGGCUGGAGAGGGAGAAGGAGAUGAUUGCUUUUGGAGCUGGUGGGGCAGAGGCGAAAGCAGGGGUAGACGAGGCCGAGAGAGAGUAUCAUGAACUGAAAUCAUUGUUUCGAAGUACGGUGGUGCAGGCCAAGAAGAACAUGGCCGUGCGCCAUGCUCGUAUGCAAGAGCUCUCGCGAAAGGGAUCCGAGAAAGAUGAAUCGGCGAGCAAGACUACACCGGUCGAGGAAAAGGGCGCUGCCCGCAGUGCUGCUGAUAUGGGGAUUGGAGGUGAUGAUGAGCUGCAAACCAAGACGAACGAGGUCACGUCGGCGCUGAGACGGACGACGGCUCUGAUGCAGACAGAGCUGGAGCGAUCUGUUUUAUCUGUCCAAAUGCUCGAAUCAUCCACUCAAACCCUCACUCUCACCCAAACCCUUCACGAAACCUACACCUCCCUCCUCACCUCAUCCCACCACCUCAUCCAAACCCUCUCCCGCGCCGAUACACUCGACCGCUACAUCAUCCUCGCUUCCCUCUUCUUCUUCCUCCUCGUCUGCGGGUGGAUAGUCAAGAGGAGAGUACUGGAUAAGGCGUUAGGGGCAGGGUGGUGGGUUGUGGGAGGCGUUGGAAAGGGGGUGGGGUGGUAUGUGGGCGGGAGUUGGAGGUUGGUCAAGAUGGGCUUUGGAGGGGAUGGGCCAGCUACACGACCAGAAGGGCUCGAGGUGAACGGGUUCGUGGACGAGGGUGCCUUGCCGCGAGUAGGCCAAGACUCGGCUGCAGGCUCUCUCGACUCGGAAUUCGAAUACAUCAAGCCACACGCAGCGAACGGCGUUGAUGACUAUGUGGCCGUCGCCGAACCUGCACCAGCGGGAAUAGCCACCGGAGAGAAGGGGAUGAAUGAGAUAAUGAGGGACAUGGAGAAAGGAGGAAGAGUGAAGGUUGAGAUUCUUGACAACAAUGAAAGAAGACCAGGGCAACCUCUGUUGGCUAAAGACGAGUUAUGA